UUGCAGCUCUAGUGGGGGAAGGGGUUUUUGAAGUUGACGGAACCGCCAUCUUGAAAAGUGCACUCCAGUGAUCUAUGCUUUCGCGCUUGACAGAAUCAGUUUUAAACGCGUUAUUUUUCUUAACCGGACUUCCGUGCUAUCGUUGCUUUGGUUUUGUCCAGGCACAAGCUAAUGGAAGGAUAGGCUACAUGGUCAAGACUUGUAGUUUACCUCUGUCAAUCGAGCCAAAAUGUUUUGGAAAUUUGACCUUCAUACCACAUCCCACAUCGACACACUCUUGGAGAAAGAAGAUGUGACUCUUUUGGAGGUGAUGGAUGAGGAUGAUGUCCUGCAGGAAUGCAAAGCUCAGAACCACAAGUUGGUUGACUUCCUGUUGAGACCACAGUGCAUGGAGGACCUUGUCACUUUCAUCACACAGGAACCCAGAGCAGAUGUUGAGGAAAAAGUUAAAUACAAGUAUCCCAACAUAUCAUGUGAGCUGCUUACGUCUGAUGUGGGACAAAUUAAUGACCGACUGGGAGAAGAUGAACAGCUGCUGAUGAAACUGUAUUGCUUCCUGAAGAAUGAACCCCCUCUCAAUCCACUCCUUGCCAGCUUUUUCUCCAAAGUCCUCUCUAUUCUCAUAGGACGCAAGCCUGAACAGAUAGUGACCUUUCUGAGGAAGCGGGAGGACUUUGUAGACUUGAUGAUCAAACAUAUUGGGACAUCUGCUAUCAUGGACCUGUUGCUUAGAAUGCUCACAUGCAUUGAACCUCAGCAGCUACGACAAGAUGUCCUAAACUGGCUAAAUGAGGAGAAGGUGAUCCAGAGACUGGUAGACAUGGUGCAGUCCUCUCAAGACGAAGAUAGACACUCCAAUGCCUCUCAGUCCUUAUGUGAGAUCAUCCGGCUAAGCAGAGACCAGAUGUUUCAGGUCCAGGGCUGCUCAGAACCAGACCCGCUUUUGGCCACGCUUGAGAAGCAGGAGACGGUGGAGCAGCUGCUUGCUAAUAUCUUUGAGAAGGAGAAGAACGAGUCUGCAAUAGUCAGUGUGAUCCAGAUUCUCCUCACCUUGUUUGAAACAAGGAGACCAGCGUUCGAGGGUCAUAUGGAAUGUCCUCCUGGGAUGUCCCACCCUUCAUUCUCAGUCAACCACAGCAUUCUGGAGGCUGUGAGACCUCGCCUCAAAGACUUCCACCAGCUGCUCCUCGAGCCUCCCAAGAAGAUUGUUAUGAAGACGACGUGGGGGGUGCUGGACCCACCAGUGGGCAACACUCGGCUCAACGUGGUCAGACUGGUUGCAAGUCUGUUGCAGUGCAACACUCACAGCAUCAACACAGAACUCAUAAACCUCAGUACACUGGGAGUUGUUCUAGAUAUGUAUUUCAGGUACAUCUGGAACAACUUCCUUCAUAUUCAGGUGGAAAUUUGCACGGCGCUGAUCCUGGCUAUGCCCCCUGCUCCCACAGAAGGCCAGCCAGAAACAGAGCAAGGCUACGCUAAAGAGAGUGCGCUCAUCACACAUUUGAUUCAAAAGUGCCAGUUAAUACAAAGAAUUGUAGAUGCCUGGGCUUCCAAUGAGAAAGAGCAGGUAGAAGGUGGUCAGAGACGAGGCUACAUGGGUCACCUUACCAGAAUAGCCAAUUCUGUGGUUCAUAACAGUGAGAAAGGUCCCAAUGGACCUCAGAUACAGCAGCUCAUCUCUGAGUUACCGGCAGCGGACAGAGAGAAAUGGGAGGCGUUUAUUUCUGGGCAGCUCGCUGACACAAAUAAAAGAAACACAGUCGACCUGGUGAACACACAACACAUUCAUUCUUCCAGUGAUGAUGAAGUGGACUUUAAAGACAGUGGCUUUCACCAAGACUCCUCACUUCAACAGGCCUUUUCUGAUUAUCAGAUGCAACAAAUGACCUCCAAUUUUAUUGAGCAGUUCGGCUUCAACGACGAAGAGUUUGCAGAUCAGGACGAUGUUGUGGAUAUUCCCUUUGAUAGAAUAUCAGACAUCAAUUUUUCAUUGAAUACAACUGAAAGUACAAAUCUAGCUUUGUUUGAGGCUCGCUGUAAGGAGAAAAUUCAGCAGUUUGAUGAUGCCGGUUCAGAUGAAGAGGACAUUUGGGAAGAAAAAGAAGUCACCUUUGCUCCAGAGUCGCAGCGACGUCCAAGGAGUUCAGGCAGCACAGACAGCGAGGAAAGCACAGACUCGGAGGAGGAAGAAGCCAAGAGGGAUCCCUUUGAAAUUCCCAACAGUGCUGCUGAUGACAGAAUGGAGGUUGAUACAGGGCCAGUGUGGACAGCCAGUUUUGAUGAUGUCCCUAUGGACACAAGUAUUUCCACAGCUUCAGUCUCCUUUCACAACAGCCCUGCUGCGUCCUCUCCUUUGUCCCCCUCCUCAGAAGUUGUCUCUGAGGCAGCGUGGAACUCUUCUGCAGCAACGUCCAACUCUGAAACAGGCUGGGCUGAUUUCUCCAGGUUCUCCCCCGUCAGUCCCAAAGACCCUCUGAGGUGCAACUCUCCUGUUGCUAUGGAAACCAGCAUUGAGACAAUAGACCCUCUGGGAGUCAAUUCAGCAGCGCUUCCUGAGGACUGUGAUGGCUGGUUGGGAGGAAGUGUGGUUUCGCCUUCCUCCACUUCUCCUAAGCCCUGUGGGAUAUCAAAGACUGAGGAAGAAACGUCUUGUUCUGAGCAGCGGAGCAUCACGGAGACGGUCAUCAACGGCUCCAUCAAGGAAACCGUCAGUCUCACUGUUGACGCCAAGACUGAGACGGCUGUUUUCAAGAGAGUGUUGAAAUCUUAUCGUGAUGGAGAGAAGCUUGAUUCUUCAGAGAAAAACUUAGUGGUGGAGCGUGUGGAUUCAGACACCAGCAGCUCUGCUACUGGCUGCUGUCCCCAAACAGGUGAGCCAUGUCGGGCCGCUGUGGAGUUUCCCAAUGGUCCCCUAAAGGAAAUGCCCAGCAUGGACGAGGCAAAGCUGGACAGGAGUUCUGCUGCGUCUGAGCAAGCAGUUAACGGGCCGGCGUGAAGGUCACAUCUGCCCACGGCCAGCUCGUUCUGCCAUGAAGGUUCUCUCGCUGGUCAUGGAGCAGAGGCCACUGCUCAAAGCUGGACCAGUCCCAAGCCCCACCAGGACCAGCAAUACCCCUACAGACUGAUGAGGUGUACAAAUGGAACUGCAGAACUAAAUGAGACAGACUCAGAUGCAAAGAGAAUGAUUUUUUUAAUUUGCAUUUGUUUACAUACCGUUGUUCCUAAGAGGUGAUGUCCAACUGAUGUUUUAACACUCAAAAUUAAAUAGUAAUGUUGCUAUAGUUAAAGACAUGAUUGUAUGAGUAAAAUAUUUUAUGAAAAGAAGCUGUACACAGAAAUGAGGAUGCAUCACAGAAUGGGCCAGAGGGCAUCAAUCCCAGGUGGUUUCACUCGUUUUAACGUUGGUCUGACCCUCGGAGCAAAGCCGCUAUAAAAAUGUUAAAUACACACAUUUAAUUUUAUUUCUUUAGGAAGGUUUUGUUCUUGUUUUUUUCUAUUGUGAUUUCUUGCAUCCACAUGGCAGGUUUUUGCAAGGUUCUUGUUGUUUAAAUGUAUUUAUUCUAAAUAUGAUUUUAAAGUCUGGUUUUUUUCA